GGCCGCGCGCUGGCUCGGCUCGCCCUCCUCUGCCUGGAGGCGCUGCGCUGCAGCGUGACCUGCCGGCUGUCGGGUCUGCCGCGCCACGUGCGCGUGUUCCUGAGCACGGCCGCCGGAUGCCUGCGCUUCUCCACCGUACUGACGUACCUGGGCAGCCGCGAGAACCAGUGGACCAUCUUGGCCGUCAACGCCAUCUAUCGAAUCACGCGUGUAUUGCAGGGAGCUCUGCCCGAGACCUCGGUGUCGGCCCUCUCCAGUGGUGUCGACUCCAGGGUGUACCAGCGCAUGGCCUCGCUGAUGCUGUGGGUGGAGGCUCUGCAGGAUGGCCACGAGACGGCCGCCCUCAUCAGGGCGGUGGUGCUGUCGGUGGGUCGGCUGCCGCUGCUGGCCGGCUUCCUGCGCGUCCCUCCGGACGUGUACCGUCUCGGCUGGGACCAGGAGCAGCAGCAGCGCCAGGGCCGCUUCAGCCCCGUCGCCGUCCAUCAUCUGCAGGAGGCGGACGUGCUCAAACAGUACAUCCUCAGGGUGAACACGCUGGGCUGGACGGGCCGGCGCGAGUUCGAGGAGACCUGGAUGACCUACCUGUCCGUGCUCAACGCCGCCACCGAGGACGACACCUCGAACCGAGAGGAGCUGGCCGUGCUGCUCCAGACCAACUGUCUGGCGGUGCGCGGCAUCACGUCGCUGCUGCUGCAGACGCUGACGGCCAUGGUGCCGGGCCACCCGGGCGUCAGCGCGACACUGCACCACCCCCGCCACCAGCCGAUCGUCCUCGUGCCGGGCAGCUCUAUCUUGCACCUGCAUCACACGCUGCAACAGCUGGAGGUCGCCGUUGACGAGUCGCCGCUGCUGCCAUCUAUGUCGUUCGCGCGUCAGCUAAACUUGGAGAGGCGCCAUGACGCGGGAUUGUACGGGCACGGGCAGUUGUCGCUGCGAUACCUACAGGGCGUCAUCAGUGGCAACGACGGGGCGCACAGCGGCCGGGACGCGGCGCUGGCGGCCGCCGGGCUCGACAUCAAUUCGUGCCUGGUGUUCCUGCUGCAGCUGUACGCCCAGUGGAUGGCGCCGGAGAUGGGAGUGCCUCUGCCGCUGCUGACGGAGACGGUGCGCUCGGCGGUGCUGCUGUCGGACCUGCUGACCGAGCGGUCCCAGUUCGAGUGGCUGCUGGCCGGCUGCGUGGCGCUCUACCAGGUCCACCCCAUCGACGACGAGGUCAUGCUGCAGUACCUGGUGCUGGGGCUGUGCAAGGCGGCGGCCGUCCUCGACUCGAGGGAGGCCACGGUGGUGGAGACGGUGCGCCGCGCGUUCAUCCAGCUCGGCCUGCAGCAGAUCGCCACCGUACCGGGAUACAACGACGACUACGACCUGGCCGUGUGGGCGGCGGCCGUGUACGUGAUGCAGCACUACGACGACGGCCCGGCCGACUCCGAGUUCUCGCCGGCCGUGCUCCAGCUGGCUAUCAGCCUGGCCGGCGCCACGCGCUCCGCCGCCCUCUACGAGGCGAUCAUGAAGGGUAUCGAGCGUCUGGUGGUGUGCGGCGUGGUGAGCGGCUCGACCGGUCCGCUGGAGCUGGCGGUGGAGCAGCUGCGCCAGCGCCGCGGCCCGCAGCAGCUGCACGCCCUCUCCCUGCUCACCGCCUGCCUCUUCUCCGUGCCGACCCGCCAGCUCAGCCCCGAGAUGUUCGUCCACGUGCUGGAGAAGUACUCCGUCGUGUUCACCAAGAUGAAGUCUUCGCCGGCCUUCCUGUCGACGGUGCUGUGCGGCACGACGACGUCGGGCCUGCUGCGGCUCUGCCCGCCCUCGGAGCUGAUGAACCGCGUCAUCGGCGAGUUCAUCUCGCCCCACCAGAGCCACGCGCCGGCCCUGGCCGACACCGUGUUCCAGGUGUUCGAGGCGUGCGUGUCGCAGAGUCAGGAGGCGCUGCUGCGGGACUGGGUGCUCUUCAGCCUGCCCAACUUCGCCACGGUGCGGCCGGCGGCGCGCGCCACCUGGCGCCUGGCCUGCUUUCUGGCGGGCGCGAGCCGGCGGCCCUGGCUGCGCGCCGCCUUCCCGCUGCUGCAGCGCUGCGGGGACGAGGUGGAUCUGCCCGGAAGCGAGUGUCCGCACCUGGCGGCUGUCUUCCUGGUGGCCGCCAGAGACUUCUACUCGCAGCUGUCGGAGCCCCAGCGGCGGCAGUUCUUGGCGGCCAUCGAGGCGCCAGCCUCCGGCGGCGACCCCACGUACAAACGGCUCCUGCUGUCGCUUACAGAUGGCAGCACUGAUGAAGCCAGCGGUUGAGGGCUCGCCAGGUCUAGCAUGCUCCUGUGAUAGAUACCUAGUUUUGAGAAACAUUGAGGUGUUAUCGUUGUGAUUGUGCGGCCGUUUCUCGCACGUAGCGUAGGUCAUCUUUGGUGAGCCGUGCGAACGGCGUGAUUCAUCGUAUAGGUGCGAGGCCAGGGUUAUGUUCACUUGUGUCACCUUCCGUGCCAAUGUACUGAUAUGAAUGCACCAAUUGGGACAGAACUGGAGCUUAUCAACGGAGAAAAAUGUUAUAUUUAUUCUAGGAAUGGGCCUACUCCAUUCACCUGUUACAGGAGAUCUGUGGGGUGACAUAAGCAUGACUAGUAAUUCCGCAGUAUUCGAAGCGGCACAGUCUUCACGUGCGCCGUGGGGUCUUGCGAGGCGCGGUGCUAAAGAUGGCCGUCCUGGGGCGUCCUGCGCUGCGCUGCGGAGCAGACCGCUCCCUGAUGCCAGAUCAUGGGGCAUCCGUCCUGUCGGGGUCUGCGGCACGCGUCAUCAGGUCACCAGACGCCCGUCGUGGCGACGAGGUCCCCGUGCCGCGCGGGCCUACUCGCUCGUGUGCCAGGCGGGGCGGCAGCAGUCGUGUCUUCACGUGCGCGAUGCGGCACAUGUACUUCUCACUCCCGCGUGCCGCUGUGGCGGCGCCGAGAGACAGUGAGGGGUUCUGUACCUCGUGUCCUACCUAACCCCGUACUUUAUUCGUGCCGUCUGCCCGGACCGGUGUUUGUGUUUCGUCCGCACGACAUGAGACGAAUGGUGUUUCCGACGCACGUCCGAUACAUUCCACGUUUGUUUGGUGCUGUGAUACACGCCCGUUUAUUGACAGCGAGUGAUGGCCGCUGCCUGGUCGUACUUUGUCGGACGACGCUGGCUAACCCCCGGUUUCUCUUUAAUUCCUCUCUAGCUGUGGGCAGUGCAGUGCCCUACCCGAACAAUGACUGGUGAGCCACGCUAGGGGCUGUUGGGGUAGCAUGUUUCAAUUAUCCCUCUGACGUGGCGCGUGUGGCGUGUGACAAACCAACGGGAUUAUGUGCUCUCGUACGUUUUGGUGGUGCCGAUGUUUUCGCUGAAAGCCAAUAUACGUGUGUGUGUGUGGAACGUGUCCGA